UGUUGACUAUUUGUAAUGGAAUUUGAGUAGAUCAAGUACAUUUACAGGUUACAGACUGUAUUGAAAUUUGACGUUAAUUGUUUGUACUUAUUACUAAUCAAAUUUAUUUGGAAAUACUAUGGGAAAUUUAUAAUUUACAGUCAGGUUCAUCGUUUUCAAAUGAAGACCUGUUUCGUCUUUGUGGUUGCCUUCCUCGUAACCCUUGAGGUCGUGUGUGGUGUUCGCUUUGGUGGAGAGAAACCAACCAAUCCCAGUGACAUUGAAAAUGUCAAACAAGCGAAGAAAAUGCUGAAAAAAAGCCUUGAAGAAGAAGUGAUCCCCCAACCUGGCUACACAACUAAGAUCAUUUUAAAGGAUGUGAAAGUCAAGAAACAGAUUGUUAAUGGAAUCAGAUAUAACGUGCAAGCCACUGUUGUGUACAAAACUAAAUGUAUAACAGAUCCUGCCCUUUGUAAACCACAGGCGACUAAGAUUACCAAGUGUAAAGCCAGUUUUUGGGUACCUUUUGAGAUAAAUGGAAAACUACAAUACACAGAGGACGGCCUGCCACAGUGCGAUGCAUAAAGGAGAAGACUGAAGUUUCAAAAUCGGAGCAAGAUACAACUUCGGAAACCAUAGAGGAGAAUUCUAUUGGGACCAUUAUAACUAUAUGUCUCGAAUUUUCCAUAUACUAAAUAAACAAAUGUGUUAGUAUA